AUGUACUUGGAAAUUGUAGAAUGCUUAAACGAUGUCAAUAAAUCAAUACAUGGUUUGACGGCCAUAGUUGUUUUUAUUGCAGCAAAUGUCGCAGAAAUAAUCGAUUUGAUAUACUGCCAAGUAUUAUUUCCUAGAGAAUAUGAAACUUUAUUGGUAUAUCCUCUCGCAUCAUCAUUAACCUGUGCCACUAAGGUUCUAAUAUUAUACAUGAUUGGUCACUCCACGGAAAAAGAGAUAAAUCGGAUGAGCCUUAUCAAGUUCUUUUUACUACGAAGAUUGCACGAACACUUCCAUUUUCAGUUGUAUGGAAUGUGUCAUAUCAAUCUAAGGCAACUACUUAUCCUAACAAACAGUGCAAUUGGUUAUUUAUCAAUUCAAAUUCUGUUCAAAUUAAAUAAAUAA